UAAAAUAAUCUUGAACAAGUUGUUACAGAACAAGUCCAAACACGCCCCAAAACUCUGUUGCGGUUUACAUUAUUCUGAAGCAUUUUAUGUAUUUCUUUUUAAGGGAUCCAUGGUGAUGUUUAAGCUGAUUUGGCGAUAUUCAAAGAGACGAAAAAAGGAAGAGAACUAGAAGUAUCUUCAGAUUGCUUAUUCCAGAGGAAUGGGUGAGGUAUAAGAAUUGGCCUACUUUCUCUGUGUACCAGUGUCUGAUUUACCUUAUGCCUGUCAUUUUUUUUUCUCUCUAAAAGCUUUACUUUCUUGCUUUCUUUCUCUCUCAACGCAUUUCUCUGUUUGCUUCUUGAAGCCUCAAUAUCUAAGCCAGCCAAGAUAGAAAGAAGGAAACAAUACAAAAAGAAAGAAAUCGAGAGUGAUGAUAGUCACGUCCUACCAUACCCACAAAAACCUUCCUUCAAUCCAACUCUACAUGCCCACACGGAAAUCUUGACCUUUCUUUCUCUCAUCACAAUCCAAAAUAAGAAAAAAAGACCAUUUCUUGUUUUCAAUUUUUGACAUAAAAAUUCUCUAUCUCUAUCUUUUUCCUAAAACCAACAAUGACGGAAGUACUCCAAUCAUCUCCAUCUCAUUUCCCUUCUCCUUCAAGCUCUUCUUCCACACCAUGUGUCAACAAUGAUAUUCCACACCAACAACUUCCACAUAGCCCCACUAGACCCCAAGAAAUAGACCAAGAACAAGUACAAGAACACGAACAGGAACAGGAACAGGAACUGGAGGAUAGGUCCAUUGAGGGGAAAAUAAGGGAGAGAGAAGGGGAUCAGCUGUCACUUCUUGAAUUUUUGGUGGCUGCUUUAAGGAGGUCCGUUGUUGGGUGUAGUACUACUGCUGCUGGGGGUAAGGAGCUUUGCAACAUGGAGAUUGGGUUGCCCACAAAUGUCAGGCAUGUUGCCCAUGUCACUUUUGAUAGGUUCAAUGGGUUUCUUGGCUUGCCUGUUGAAUUUGAGCCUGAGGUCCCCAGGAGAGCUCCUAGUGCCAGUGCAACUGUUUUUGGGGUUUCAACUGAGUCCAUGCAGCUUUCAUAUGACUCCAGAGGAAAUAGUGUGCCCACAAUACUCUUGAUGAUGCAAAGACAACUGUAUGCCCAAGGAGGUUUGCAGGCAGAAGGAAUUUUUAGAAUUAAUGCAGAGAACAGCCAGGAGGAGUAUGUUAGGGAACAAUUAAAUAGGGGAGUGGUCCCAGAAGGCAUUGAUGUUCAUUGCUUGGCAGGUCUUAUAAAGGCUUGGUUUAGAGAACUCCCAACUGGUGUCUUGGACUCUCUUUCGCAAGAGCAGGUAAUGCAAUCUCAGUCAGAGGAAGAAUGUGUUCAGCUAGCAAGGCUCCUUCCUCCAACAGAAGCUUCUCUGCUGGAUUGGGCGAUAAACCUAAUGGCUGAUGUUGUUCAACUGGAACAUCUGAACAAGAUGAAUGCACGUAACGUUGCCAUGGUUUUUGCACCAAACAUGACUCAAAUGUCAGAUCCGUUAACGGCAUUGAUGUAUGCUGUCCAAGUGAUGAACUUUCUUAAGACUCUUAUUGUUAGGACACUUAGGUACAGAGAAGAAUCUGUUAUAGAAUCAGCUCCUUAUUCCCACCUUGAGCCUUCUGAUGAGAAUGGGCACCAGAGCUUUUCUCAACUGUCUUUCAUGGAGGCUAAUGAGGAAGCCAGUGAGGGGAGUGAAGGGCAGAAAGUAUUUAUUUCUGAAGAACCUAGCAUUGGGAGCCCCACUCAACACAGGGAAGAUGAUUCUACAACUGAAAGUGGACGUCCAAUUUUCCUGACUUCUAUUGAGAACAUUCCUGGAGUAAAUCGGUCUUUGGUUGAUACUUGUCCUUGUGAACUUGUAUCCCAAGUAAAUGCAUUAAUAAAUGAAAACCUAGAGGGUAGCCUUGCAAGUAAGAGUGGAAAAGUCCAAAUAAGAACUUCUAAGAACAGAACUGGCCAAUCAAGUGAUUCAAAUCUCAGAAAGGAAUCCAAAAGGGUGAUUGAGCAGGCAAUGGUUUGGGCAGCGGGAUCUGUAGAGAAGAGAAAGGGAGUUGGUAUGGCAGGUUGUAUAAAUCCUAGAACAGAGCUGUUCGAAGCUUGGAGGUGAAGGGCAUCGAUGUUACGACUUACGAUGUGCAGUGGUGGGGAAAAAUGCCAACUGAUGAAACAAGUUGGUAUUGGCAUGUUGUGUGUUUCUUAUGGAAAAUAUUGUGUGCGAUUUGUGUGAUUUAAUGUAUAUUUCUUCUUUAAUCGUGAGCUGCUGUUUCAUGUUUAAUAUCCUUCAACUAUUCUAACAUCCUCUUCUUCAUAGUACAGCAUCUAAUCCUUUUAAUUCCUUGUUACACUUUCUUGAUCAAAAGCUGAAUUCCAGCUUGGAACUGCUCUAGCUCAGUAGUUUUAUAGUAUUUUUCAGGAGCUGUGUAUACUAUUGGCAAUUAAUUGAAGAGUAAAGUUAUCCUUUGCA